UCCAGUCGAAGUACAGAAAAAAAACGGACCCUUGCGUCAGACCAGCAGCCGCUCACAGGGCAGGCUUUAAGACCGCGUUGUUCUCAUCUCCCGAUCAGAGAGGCUGAUGGGUGAAUCUCCGACGGCACCGCAAAGAGGCAACCAUGGGCGCCUUACCUGAGGGUCGCCCCAUCCAAUAACAAAGCGCACCGAUCACGCAGAAUAUUUUAUCCAUUUCGUUUGGGGCACGAGAAUUAGAAUGUCCGAAAACCUCACGUCGUUUGUUUUUAUCAAAUCAUAACGAUUUUAUCAAAUCAUCGAAUUCAUUUUCAGACGCGCUUUCUGCCGGACCAUACAGUGAUGGAGCAUAUACGAACUCCGAAGGUUGAAGGCGUUCGUUUGACUGACAGAGCCUCCCCCCGCAGAACGUGUCUGGGCACCCUGUACCUAACGGGGACGCACACCAUCUUUGUAGAGAACGCGCCGGAGAUUCGCAAGGAAACCUGGAUCCUGCACAGCCUGGUCAGUGGCGUGGAGAAGCAGCCCCCGACCCCCUCAGGCUGCCCCCUGCUGAUUCGCUGCAAGAACUUCCAGGUCAUCCAGUUCCUCAUCCCGCAGGAACGGGACUGCCAGGACGUGCACCUCUCCCUCGCUCGCCUCUCUCGGCCAGAGAGAUAUGGAGAACUGUACUGCUUCUCCUUCAACCCCAAAGUGGACAAAGAGGAGCGAGAAGAAGCCUGGAGCUUCAUCGACCUCAAAGCCGAGUACAGUCGGAUGGGCAUACCCAAUCACCUCUGGCAAAUCACUCAUGCCAACAGCGAGUACAGGAUUUGCGACACCUAUCCCUCCGAGCUGUACGUCCCCAAAUCGGCCACGCCCCCCAUCAUCGUGGGCAGCUCCAAGUUCCGGAGCAGGGGACGCUUUCCCACGCUCUCGUACUAUCGCCGUGACAACCAGGCCUCUAUCUGUCGCAGUAGCCAGCCCCUCUCUGGGUUCAGUGCUCGCUGUCUGGAGGACGAGCAGAUGCUGGAGGCCAUCAUGAAGUCGAACCCGGGCAGCCAGUUCAUGUACGUGGUGGACACCAGGCCCAAGCUGAACGCCAUGGCUAACCGAGCAGCGGGGAAGGGCUACGAGAACGAGGACAACUACUCCAACAUCAAGUUUCAGUUCAUCGGCAUCGAGAACAUUCACGUCAUGCGGAGUAGCCAGCAGAAGGUUCUGGAAGUUUGCGAGGCCAAGUCUCCCUCCAUGGGCGACUUCCUGUGGGGGCUGGAGAACAGCGGCUGGCUCAAGCACAUCAAAGCCAUCCUGGAUGCAGGCAUCUUCAUCGCCAGGGCGGUGGCGGAGGAGGGGGUCAGUGUUCUGGUGCACUGCUCGGACGGGUGGGACCGGACGGCUCAGGUGUGCUCCGUGGCCAGUGUGCUGCUGGACCCGUACUACAGAACCCUGAAGGGCCUCAUGGUGCUCAUUGAAAAGGACUGGGUGUCAUUCGGCCACAAGUUCUGCCACAGAUACAGCCACCUGGACGGGGACCCGAAGGAGGUGUCCCCCGUGCUGGACCAGUUCCUGGAGUGUGUGUGGCAGCUGAUGGAGCAGUUCCCCUGCGCCUUCGAGUACAAUGAGCGCCUCCUCCUGCAGGUGCACAUGCACCUGUACUCCUGCCAGUACGGCAACUUCAUGGGCAACAGCGAGAAGGAGAGGAAGGACCUGAGAAUUCGGGAGAGGACCCACUCCCUGUGGGCGCACCUGUGGAAGAACAGAGCCGACUACACGAAUCCUUUGUACAGAUCGGACCACAGCCAGACGCAGGGAGCACUGCGGCCUGUCACCGCCCCCUACUGCUUCAAGCUGUGGAGAGGCAUGUACAGCCGCUCGGAGAGGGGCACGCGCCCGUUCCAGUCGGCGGUGGACUUCCUGAUGGCCGUGAAGGAGGAGACACAGCAGCUGGAGGAGGAGCUCUCCACCCACGAGGCGAAAAUUGCGAAUCUGGAGAAGCAGGGGAAGAGAGUGCAGGCCAAGGAGGGCCCAGCGGGUAAGAACAGUGAGGCAAACACUCCCCAGAGCUACACUGGCAGCCUCCCCACCAACAGCCCCGUCCAGCAGGGGGAGCUAGAGAGCUCGCAGCUGAUCCUGCCCCGGGAUGUUCUGAAGAGCUCCGACCCCGACCUCUCGGUCAACAGCGAUCAGGAGUCGGGCGUGGCCGACCUCAGCUGCCUCUCACCCAUUGGUGGGGAGGGGAGCGUCAAGGACCCUGACUCAGACGAGGCUGCCUACUGCACUGCCUGAUCACAAAUCGUGCACUGGCAUUGCAUUGUGGGUAUCUUUCCAGAGGCGUGGACUGUGAAAUGAAAAAUCAGGCAGGGUCAAAGACUUUGAAACAGAGGGCCAGUUUGACUUCAGCUGAGAGCAGGGAUUGAACUCUGUGUGUGUAAAGAUGGACUAGUCACUGUAUGUGAAUUACCAGAGUAAUCAGUGUACCCUUUCAGCUAGUCUUCUUUUCCAUGUAAUACAGGCAAAUUUGUCUGUGCUAUAUAUUCCCUUUGGUACGAACAAACUCCAAAUAAUUUAAACUUGAUCUUGGGGUCUCUUUUGAGGACAAUGUUUACACCACAGGCAAGAUGCUUUUUGGUGCAAUAUUUAAUGCAUAUUAUGAAAUUAAUAUAUGUAGUCUUUGUAGUUAGUCAAUGAAUAGGGUAUAAAAUAUAAAUGGACAAUUUUAGCAAAAUUUUAGCAAAACUUUCCACAUGUAUUACAAAAACAGACGAAAAGUAGUUUUUAGAGGUACAGUUAGCAGACGGAGUACAGGAACACUGGAAAUACGUAGGUGCACUAAAAUAGAGGGUUACUUAUUUUUCUCUAGUAUCUUUUUACUAUGAGAAGCACAUUUCUGUGACUAACACUUUUCUCCAACUUCCAAUUUGUUUUCUUAUUUUAAGAGUAAACAUCUUGACAUAAGAAAAUUGUUGAGUUUGUGAAAAGUUUAAGCCACAUUGUUAGAUACACUAGACACAGGUGAGAAAACACUGAAAAUGACUCCACUGCAUUCAUAUUUAACAGAUUUUGUAAUUAUAAAUAUUGUGGAAAAUCCCCUUUUCAAUGCAGCAUCUGAUGUGUGUUCACUUGAAGGGAGGCCUGAUUAGAAAAAAUACAUGUUCUAACCACAACAGGAGGUCAAGGUGACCAUGCUGCUGAGAGCCAGUCAGAACCCAGUCAGGAACCAAAAAUGUAAAGCAUUCUCCUUUUUACCUUUUGGUCAUAAAAAUGUUGCUUCUUUCAGGAUCUCAGAAAUGCACUGUUUCUUAUGAACAGAAUCAAAAUUAAUGACGGUAUGGAAACAGUUCUUUACACAUUUUUGUUACCUUGACAAGUUAUUAUUUAUUUCAUAUCAAAUUAUGACAAUAUUGUACAUUGCCCACAGAACUUGUAAGACUGCAUUACAUGACUUAAAAGUAUUUAAAGUGUAACAUUUGACUGUUUGUAUGCUUUCUUGGUUCAGUAGUAUUCAGUAGUAUUUCUCAGUCGUACAUGCCAAAUAUCAAAGAUGCACUAAAAUGUAGAAAAACGUUUCAUAAAUAAAAUCACUGCCCACUCAGUUUUACUUCUGGGAAAAAAAAACUAUAUUAUCCUUCACAAAAGAUCAGCUCUCACCAUUCCUGAAUAAAG